CGGCCCCGGGCGGGCACUCGGAAGCGGAAAACACCGCCCGGCCCACGCCGUUGCCGGGCAGCGGCCCCGCUCCAAACCCGCUCCAAGCCCGCUCCAAAGCCCGUCGGGACCUGCCGGGAGGCCCCGGGCGAUGGACGGGGAAGCCGCUGCUGCCUCGCAGGGGUCAGAGCCCACCCAGACCCUGGACCAGCUCCGGGAGGAGCUGCGGAGAGCCAAGGAUGACCACAACAUGGCCACAGGUGCCAUCUCUUCCUUGCAAAGACAACUGGAGAUCCAAGAAUCUGAGCUUCGGAGAUUCAGAUACGAGAACGAAAUGCUUCAGAAGCAGCUCAGAGAGCGAGAAGAGCAGCUCCAAGCCAUGUCUGACAAGUUUUGCAGCCUUACAGAGGAACAGAGGAAGGAAGAAGCAAUGGUGAUGAUGCAGGAGGAGAACGACAGCCUUCGACAGGUUGUUACAGAACAGGAAUCCCAGCUGGCUAAGCAGGAGGAGCAGAUCAGUGAGUUAGAGGGGACAAUCAGACGGCUCCGGAUCGAGGUUGUGACCAGCCGCCGCCACGCCCAGGAGCAGAAACAGGCCCAGGAGGAGACCAAGAGCCAGGUUGAGGCACUGCAGCACAAGGAGGUGCAAACCAAAGUGGCACUGGAACGCAUCAGCAGCAAGUUUGACAGGUUACGAAGCAAAAUAAUCCAGGCUGCGUUCAGUGUGGAGGGCCAGGACCCCCCCCACGCCAAGCUCACGGAGGAGCAGGUGCUGGAGGCAUUGCAGAGAAUUGCUGACGAGCGGAUGGAGUUCUAUCACAUGCUGAAGCACAGAGACAUCAAGGUGCCCCUGUACUACCCCGGCAUGUACAGUUCAUCACCUCCCAAGAGGACGAGUUCUCCCCGAAUGGAAAAGCUGCCCUGAUGGCUGAGCCAGAAACCACCACCAACUUCAAGCUCUGGGUCCUUGGCUCUGAGCUGGUGACCUACAACAGAUUAAACUCAUUUUACCGAAAUCAA